AUGGACUCCGUCGCAGGCAAAUUGGAGUUGCAGCGCUUCUUCCUGCUGUGGACCCUCAAUGCCCAGCUGGUCACUAAAGGACACGAAGCACUGACACAUCCUCUUGCUGAAUCCAUCUGGGGCUCCAGGGGUGGAGAGCGGGUGGGGGGCUGCUGGCCCAGCUCCGACAGGGCUCCUGUUUUGGUCUGUGUUGAUGACAGACAAGGACCCCGGAAGAGCCCCCUCAUGCACCCCCAUAGCUGUCCGAGCCUCGUGCCUCGGAGCCACCUCGACCGCGUCUCCGUCAGGCCCUCCUUGCUGCCUGGCCCUGUGCAGGCAGCUCUCACCUGGAGGGCCCCGGGGGCAGCUUUGGGAGAAGAGGCCGGGCCACCCACUGGCCGGCCCGCUGAAUCCAUUCAGGACAGCCCUAGGAGCUUGCAGACCCAGGGAGAGGAGGACUUCCUGGGUCGAUGGGUGGACAUGGAGACCAGCUUUCAGAGCUCCACUGUGACUGCAGGAUUUAGACAACGCAUGGUCAUCUGGGCAGCUUGGGUCUGUCUCUUCCUAGAACUGGCUGAGCUGGUGUUUGCCCACUGCGCGGCUGCAUUCAAGCCCGGCAAACCAACGAAAACCAGUCGUCAACUCCUGAGAGAGGCCUUUCUGAGCUGUCGUGUGGACCACGGCGACCCCGUCAUGCUGGAGCCCUCCCCCGCUUCAUCAUAA